AUAAAAAUUAUAAUCCCUUAAAAUUCGGUAAUUUUGCCGCCUAUAUAAAUGAUUUUAGCGCCCCCCAAACCAGUUUCAUUUUGAAUUUUCAAGCAAUGGGUGGAAAGAAGCCCUCAUCAUCAUCAUCUGCUUCCCCAAUCUCAAUAGGAAACUGUGAGGUAGUUGUCCAAGCAAACAACUUCAACACUCAUUCCGAUCACAACAGCCUUCAAAUAUCUCUCUCCACAAACUCCAACAUUAUAAUCUCCGUUGUGGAGGAUGCACUUGGUAAAGAACGUAACGGUCUCCAACAUUCGAGUCUGGGGGAAAAUGGUUAUUACUUCGUACUUGUUAACCCUAAGGAUUCUGAUGCUCAAUCAAAGUCUCUACUUCAAGAAGUAGUAACCUUAUAUGUGAAAGAACUACCUUCAAUGAACUAUGCUGCAAAUACUGGAAAGAAGUCGAUGUUCCUUGAAAGAUGUGUAUCCAAUGGGAAAUAUUGCACGCUAGUUUUAAAAUCUAAGUCCGAGGAAGGUUCUGGAGAGGUUGUUGCUGCAAUUAGUUUCCAGAUAAUCCCGACUGAUACUCGGUUUGCUGAGGUUCCACUUGCUGCUGUCAGUUCUGUACACCAACAAAAGGGAAUUGGCCAACUAACAUAUUCGGAAAUGCGGAAAAGACUGGAGAGUGUCGGUGUACACUCUAUAUUUUGCUGGGCUGAUGUGGAAUCCGAAGCAUUUUGGGUCAGACAGGGGUUUGUAUCCGUUGGGAAAGUAGACGAUAAGGGUAGAGCUAGAAAGUUACCGAUUAAAGCAGAUAUAAGGAAAUCUUUAUGCUUUCCCGGUGGUUCAACCCUCAUGAUUGCUCAUUUAACGAAUGAAAAUUCAGAUAACUCCACAAACACUUUACAGCCGUCUUCUCUCUUAAAGCCCGGAGAUGAAAAGACGUUGAAAAAUAACUCAUUAAUAGAAAGUUCCGAGGAUCUAGUUUGUUUGUACAGUCAAGAAGGUGAAAAACGUUGUUCGUGUUCUUCAUCGGGUGCGAAAAAGCGGACAUGGGAAGCCUCUCAUACUUCACUGAAGUCAAAGAAAGUCAAAGGCGGUCAUCUGAUCGUUUGUCAAUCAGACAGUGGUUGUGUUUCAAAAAGUAAUGAACGUUGUAUGGAUGUAAGCCCCAUAACCAUUUCGAUGAACAAAGGUUUGGCAGAUAUUACACCUACACUUGGAGGUCCUUUGAGCAACGACAAUACUCAAAAAACAAGUUGCUAUAAUAUCAUGUUGAUGAACAUUGUGGAUGAUGCUAAAAUAUCAAAUCUGACAAAGAUAAUCGAGGAUCUUGGUGGCUCUGUUACGUCUGAUGGAAGAGUUAGCACACAUGUAAUAACGGGAAAAGUCAGAAAGACGUUAAACUUUUGUACAGCGCUCUGUUCAGGAGCUUGGGUUAUAUCAUCUGCGUGGCUAAAAGAAAGCUUCAGAGAAGGUCGAUUUGUGGAUGAAAUGCCUUACAUUUUAAAAGACGACGAGUAUGAGUCAAAGUACAGGACUGACUUAAAAGGUACCGUACUUAGAGCAAGAGGCAACACUGGAGGUUUUCUUAAAGGUUUUCAAGUAUGCCUUGCGGCUCAUGUGCAGCCUCCCGUCAAUACUCUUUCAGCCAUUGUGAAGUCUGCGGGUGGCAACGUGAUUCGGAAAAUAGAGAAAGUGAAGGAUCCAACAAGAAGCAUAUAUGUGGCAAGUGAGGACAACAUGGAAGAAGCAUUGCUAGCAAUAAAGAAAGGGAUAGCAACAUUCAGUAAUGAAUGGUUCAUGAACUGUGUCAUGAAACAGCAUCUAGACUUGGAUGCUCCUCAAUUUGCUGAAUCCCUCUAGCCUUUUUUAUGACUGGUGAGAAGUUGUCACCGAAAAACUCACAGGCCCUACAAAUAACUUGCUAACCAACGGUACUAUGUAAAAAGCAGCUUACCUUCUUACUAUUGUGCAUAUUGGAGUCAAGAUUCAGUGUCACUGAAUUUCUAUGUUCUUGACUUGGUUCUUACUUUAUAUUUUGAAGGAUAAAAGAUAUUAGUUAUUUUUGUGUU